AUGGCCACCGCUGGGUACAAACACUUGAAUGAGGAGCUUGGGUCUCCUUCUGCCGCUGACAAACCCUGGAAUGCAAAUCUCUCUGAGACAUCUCUGAGGGAUGCAGCUUUUUCAUCACAGUUAUCACAAUACCCUAGUCAGAUGGACAAUACAGAAGUUGAUGUGGAGAAUUCAGUGAAAUCUAAGUCAAAAUCUCAGAAGACUUCUAUCUGGCGACUUAAAUCUGACAGUGGCAAAUACAAAGCGAUGAGACCAACCGCUGUCAAAGAACUGAACGAGCGUGAUGUGGAGGGGGAUGGUGCUAACCAUAAUGAUACAAGCUCUAAAGCCCAUUUAAAAUUAGACAACAAAAAGGAACUGACCCUCUCUAAGAUCCACGUCAUCAUAUGUUGUUUACUGAUCUCCUGCGUGGUCCUUAUAGCAUUCACUACCAUCUACGUUUUCAUUAUCCUACCCUCUAACAAAGGAAGAGUCCUUUAUCCAGAUGGCAAGACUCACCUUAAUUAUGAAUCUCAAAACUUUGGUGACAACGUGGUUUCAACGUCAUGUGGUCUUGUACGUGGUACUCAAGAGCAAGGGGCUUACGUGUUUAAAGGAAUCCCUUAUGCUCUUCCACCCACUGGCUCGAGACGAUGGAAAGCUCCAGUACCCAGAAGCCCUGACACCAACACAUGUUGGGACGGCAUUUACCCUGCCAUAGCAUUCAGUAGCAAAUGCGUUCAGCCCAAGUUCGAUAACGUAUCGGCCAUUGAAGGCAGUGAGGAUUGUUUAUACGUGAACGUUUGGUCUCCAUCUUUAAACCCACAGACACGCCUUCCUGUCUUGGUGUGGUUCCACUCAGGAGAUUUCGUCUAUGGUUCAGGGCAUAUGCCAGGCAUGUCCCCCAGUCCAGAGAUUGCUGUGGCUACCAAUUCUGUGUACGUCAGUUUUAAUUACAGACUGGGAGCUUUAGGUUUUCUUGCCCUGGAUGAGCUGAGAGUGGGGUCCAGGGGACCUGCUGGAAAUUAUGGGUUUAUGGACCAGCAGCUGGUGCUUAUGUGGGUGAGGGACAACAUUCGUCAGUUUGGAGGAGAUGAAAAUAUGGUCACAAUUUUCGGUCAUGGAUCUGGAGCAACGUCAGUUCAUGCCAUGUUAUCAUCUGCCGGCAGCAGUGGACUUUUCCACAAGGCUUGGCUGACUGGUCCAGUAGCUGUUCUGAAUAAAACCGUUGAUGAAGCCUGCAGAGACAACAGUGUGUUCAUGCAGAACACAGGCUGUAAGGAUGCACACUGUCUCCGCCAGCUAACCGCAGAGGUCAUAUCAAGAUCAUCUCCAUGGCCACUUCAGGCUCAGUGGACUCUUGAUGAGCUUUUCAGUAUCCCACAGAAAAGCCAGCUCAGAAACGAUCUGCCCAUAUUUGAUGGUCAUGUGGUUCACUGGUCAUCUCAGAAAUCAGGACCUGAUGGUCCAGUAGUGCCUGUUGUAUUUGGUUCAGCCUACUUUGAUUUCAGCAGUUUGAAGACAGAAGCGGCCGUAGUCAACAUGACAUGGAAGGAUUAUGACGAUAUGAUGAUACAUCUUGUUGACUUGCUGGGUGCAGAUGCCAUUAAAACAGCAAAGUCUCUCUAUUCAGAUAAGGACAUCUUAAAAUACAUCAGUCCCAGCAGAUUUCCCUCGACUCCAAGUGCCCAGUUUUCUCACAUCAUCGGGGAUAUUAAAGAUAUAUGCCCCGUGAAAAUACUUGCAGACGAUUUUAUUUAUUUGUAUUCUGGCUCUGCCCCGGUGUAUAUGUACAUAACUGAAUUGUACCCAUCCCAGAACAUGAAAUUUGCAGGCACUGAGAAGGAAACAUUUAUUGGCUGGGAUAUUGCCGCCUUUUUUGACAGUUUCCAGGAUUUGAACUUGAAAGUAGGUCAAGGGGAGGUGAACUUCCAGAAUGUUAUUAGGGAUGAGAUUAUGACCUUUGUCAGGUCAAGUCAUCCAGACGCAUCGAGAUGGGACACUGCUGAUGUCAAUGUUGGCAUCUUUAGCCAUGAUGUCACAGUUACACCUGUAACUUCUGAAUAUUUCCAUAAAUGUAACUUGUGGAAACAGAAUCAGUUUUUUAAAUACAGGUGGAAUGAUGGAUGA